UCCCAGAUUAUUUCCCUUUCUUUACUGCUUCCUCAGGUCUUUGUCUCCGCCCAAAUAAAUAUUUCCAGAGGAAAUUCCUGAGUUCUGUGACAGAAAAAAAGAGAGGAACGCACCUACAUUCAUGUGUUUAUUGUAAUGAUAACGAUGUCUGUGGAGUGGAGGCUGGGGGCCAGGCUGGUGCCCUGCUGUGUGUGGUUGUGUCUGGGGCUGCUGUGUCUCCUGUCCACCCUGCCCUGUUCCUGGUCCCAGGACCCCCUUUACGUUGGCGACCCCAUGGAUAUUGGGGACCCCAUGGAUGCAGAUCGGGGUGCCUUCCAGCCGCAGAGUGCCCUGUCUGACAUGGAGUUCUCUUCCAUUGCUUCCUACCGCGGCCCCGGCAACAAUGACUCACGUGGCAACAAGGAGCUGCCCAUCCUGUUGUGGUGGAGUGCAGGACUCUUCCCUCAUUUCCCCGGAGACACAGAACGCAUCGACUGUCACUCCUCCUCCUGUCUGGUCACACGCAAUAGGAAGGUUCAACUGUACCGACGCACCUCCUCCAUCAUCUUCUAUGGGACAGACUUCAGGGCCUACGAGGCUCCUCUUCCCAGACCCUCUCACCAGACCUGGGCCUUAUUCCACGAGGAGUCCCCCAUGAACAACUACGUCCUGUCCCACAGCCCAGGCAUCAGGCUGUUUAACUACACAGCCACCUUCAGGAGGGGCUCAGACUACCCUCUGACCCUGCAGUGGUUGCCCUCCCUGGGAUACCUGCUCCAACCCGUAGCCGUGUCUCUGGAGCAGAAGAACCACUGGAGGAGAGAGGGCCUGGCCCCAAUCAUGUACAUGCAGUCACACUGUGAUGUCCCCUCUGACAGGGACAGAUACGUACAGAAACUCAUGAAGUACAUAGAGGUGGACUCAUAUGGAAAAUGUCUGAACAAUAAGCCCCUCCCCCAGUACCUGGAGGACACAAGCACGGCCACAGGGGAGGACGCCGGCUUCAUGAGCUUCACAGCACGCUACAAGUUCCACCUGGCCCUGGAGAACGGCCUGUGUCAGGACUACAUGACAGAGAAGCUAUGGCGGCCUCUCCACCAGGGCUGUGUACCAGUCUACCGCGGCUCCUCCUCAGUAGCCAACUGGAUGCCCAACGACCACUCUGUCAUCCUUAUCGAUGACUUCCCAUCACCUCAGGACCUAGCCAAGUUCCUCAAGGCGCUGGAUGAGAACGAUGAAGAGUAUGCUAAGUAUUUAGAGUUUAAGAAGCCGAGCCGUGUUACCAACGUUGGCCUGUUGGAGGCACUGGAGAGCAGGGAGUGGGGCGUGAACGACAUGAGCAAACCCAACUACCUCAACGGCUUCGAGUGCUAUGUCUGUGACCAGGAAAAUACCAGACUGGCAGCUGAACGGGCUUAUAGGAAAGCCCCAGAGAAGAGCCCGCCCCCCCAGCCUAAGAUGGCCAAUAAUUCUCAUAUGGGAUGUCCUCUACCCAGCCCAGGGUUUGGAGACAUUCAGGACCUACACACCAAUGACAGUGUGUGUUUUUUCAGCUGGGUCCAGAUGUGGCCCCAGGACUACUGGCAGAGCCUAGAUCAGGCUGAAGGAUUGGAGUCUCUCAUCAGACAUAACGAGUCGGACCCUGCACUGCUCUGGCAUCACAUCCAGGAGAUGGCUAUGAGGAGGGCCAGAGGAGGACAGGCAUAACUAGUCGAACCCUGCACUGCUGAGGAACCACAUACAGGAGGAGAGCCAGAGGUAACUGAGAAAGUUCCUUAUUGACUGAAAGAGGACAAGGAAAGAAAGCCAUCUAUUUGGACAUGUCCAGAGACUUGCACCCCUAAACCAGUGAGUGGGGCAAACCAGAGAGAUAUGGACCAGCAAUGCUUGGAGAAUCUACCACAAUGUUAAUUAACUGUUACUGAACUAGAGAAGAUGAACUGUUACUGAACUAGAGAAGCUCAACUGUUACUGAACUAGAAGAUGUACAAAAAAAUUAUAAUACAUAAUUGUUUUAAAAUGCCAUCCACUUGAGGUGUCUGGUAGCCGUAUCUGUGGUACCAAAGGGCCUAAUGUAUGUCAAAGUUACAGUAGAUGUUUUUUUUUACCCCUCUCUGCAAUGAAAACCUUUGUGCAAUAUAUUUGAUCUUGUUCUAUAGGUCUCAAACCUGUCGCCAUAACUGCCUUUUUCGACAAUCUUUGCAACACUCAAUCAUGUACAACAUUUUUUAUACUCUAUAUUUAUAUCAUGUUUAUGUAUAUCUGUUUUAUUGUUUAUUGACAGAAAAAGCAUAAGACAAUUAAAAAUGAAAAUGUGAAAAAAAUA